AGCUCAUUACUCCUGAAUCUGUGUUUUUCACUUCCUGUCUUACAUUACGUCACUUUCUCUCAGGAUGACAUCAGUCCCGUGGGCGGCUUCUCUCUGAGAGCAUGUCUGGUUUCCUCGCUCGGAGAUAACGGAGUUCCCUCAGGUGUUAAAGGAAACAUUCAGGGCAACCUGUUCAAGAUCAUCACUCAGGAGGACACUCAUUACUUCAUCCAGGCUCCGACUCAGCAGCAGAAGAUGGACUGGAUCGAGGCCAUCCGACAGCAGACAUCGAGCAGCGGGUCAAACGUGUUUUAAUUAUCCAGCUAGAAAGACUUUCACAUUCCAUGAAUGUAAACUGUAGCAGGAGAGAGACGAGGGCCAUGCAAUUUAAAAAGGAAAGUGUUAGUGGUUAAGAACAUUUCAGAUUUUCCAUCGCUAAAAUCUAAGUGCUUUCAGGAUGAUUAUUCAGUAUUUAAAGUUUUAAAAGGAGGAUUUAAAGGCUCUAAAACAGGGGUGUCAAACUUCGGCCCGCCACUUCAU